AAUACGAAAAAGUUUCGCCUGGUCUAAAAGAUGCUGCUGCGGCAUGCUGCAGGAGAAAAGCGUUUCGACUUGCCGCCUCUCAACGCUUUCCUUGUGGCCGGCGUCCGCGCCCGCGACCGUUCAGUAUUGAAAUAGUGAGGCGUCGGGACGCUCGCGACGCGCGUAUAUUAAUCCAUCCAAAUUCGAACGAAAGAUCGAACGAAAAAAACUUUAGAGAAAUAUCAAAUUUUAUUACUUUAGUAUUUUACAAUGAACGGUUGUGGUUGCACGUAUUGGAUUCUUAUAAACCCUUGUUUUUAUUUGUGAUUAUUUGAUACGAAAAUGGGAACGUUUUAAGUUGAUUGGAAACACAAUUUCUGUGUUUGACAUCGAGUUUUAUUUAAAUUUUUCACAUUCCCUCAUGUAGAUGCAUACAUUUUUUUCUUCAAACUCAAGUGGUGCUUUGACAUAAAUUUACACUACACGAUUUUCACGCCUAUUUGUAAACCAGAACGGCUAAACAUUUAUACGACUAUCGCAAUCGCAAACGGCGAUCAUUAACCCAAACUCGCGCGGAAAACUCGUGCGCUCCGAAUUAAAACAGACCACCAGGUAUUCUAUAGCUCUGUAUAAAUAAACGUCUUCGUAUCGAACGUCUUCGUGGGUUGGUUUUCAGCAUUUCGCAAGGCGUUAUAAACAAAACAAAGCGGCGGUGUGCAACGAGCGUGUGUGUGUUGUGUCUCCAACGCGGGUCAAACUAUGUGAUCAAAGAUGUUGGACAUUUUUCGCGGGUUGAAAACCCUCAUCAAAGUCAGCAACUUGCACAUUGACUGCCCCGUCUUUCGACUGCAUUACUCCAUCACGGUGCUUAUCUUGAUUGCAUUUAGUCUUAUUGUGACCACACGGCAGUACGUAGGCAAUCCCAUUGACUGUAUUCAUACGAAGGACAUCCCUGAAGACGUGCUCAACACGUUCUGCUGGAUACAUACCACUUAUUUGGUGCGUGGAGCGUUCAAGAAGAAGAUUGGUGUCGAGGUGCCCUAUCCAGGCGUUGAAACCGCCAAGGACGAGAAGGACAAGAUUCUCUACAAGUACUACCAGUGGGUGUGCUUUUGCUUAUUCUUUCAAGCGAUACUUUUUUAUACACCACGAUGGCUGUGGAAAUCCUGGGAGGGUGGAAAGAUCCACGCGCUCAUGAUGGAUCUCGAUAUUGGCAUUUGCUCCGAAACAGAGAAACGAAUCAAGAAGAAACUGAUGAUCGAUUAUCUCUGGGAGAACUUCCGCUAUCACAAUUGGUGGGCGUACAAGUACUACUUCUGCGAGGUGUUGGCUUGCAUCAAUGUCAUAGGUCAAAUGUUUUUGAUGAAUCGUUUCUUCGACGGCGCUUUUCUUACGUUCGGAAUCCGCGUAAUAGAAUUCAUGGAAAGCGACCAGGAAGAUCGAAUCGAUCCGUUGAUUCUUGUCUUCCCAAAAAUGACCAAGUGCACGUUUUACAAAUUUGGUGUGUCCGGUAACGUGGAGAUGCACGACGCCAUUUGCAUCUUACCGCUGAACGUCGUCAACGAGAAGAUCUACGUCUUCCUCUGGUUCUGGUUCAUCAUCUUGUCGCUACUGACUUUUAUUACGAUUGUAUACCGUUUUAUCAUUAUUCUCUCUCCUCGAAUGCGCGUCUAUCUGUUACGUAUGCGCUAUCGUCUUAUCAAAAAGGACGACAUUGAUCUGUUGGUGCGCAAGAGCAAAAUGGGGGAUUGGUUCCUUUUUUACAUGCUUGGCGAGAAUGUUGACUCGCUUAUAUUCAGAGAUGUCAUUCACGAGCUGGCACACAAGCUGCGCAAUCAUCAGUUCCAAGAUUGCUCUCGAGGAUUCAAGGAUAUUCACCAGGAACCAUGACAACAGUAUUUAUAUUAUUAAUUGGCCGCUGACGGUAUGAUUAAUAAUAGUGGUUGUUAAAACAAUAUAUAAGAUCGAAUUCCAACAUCUGAUAAUUCGAUUAAGCUCAAACAUCUGUGGAUGUAUGCGCGAAGGAAGCGCGACGCAUGAAUAAAAUGACGUAAAAUAUUAAGCACUGCCUGAAUUUCGUUGCCGAUUAUAUAUUAAUAAUAAAACACCAAAGAUGUUUCAAAAUCUAUGCAGCACAAACGUUAACAUAUAUCAAUUUGUAAUGCCAGUGGCUACAGUGCAACAAGCUAGGUCAUACAAAUCUUUUAAUAUCAUAAAUUUUGUGAUAAUUAAAAGGUAAUUGAUUUAGCCUUAGAACAUACGUUCUGCGGGCAUAAUACGUUUAUAAUUCCAAUUCAUAUUAACUAAAUAAAUACCGAGAAUGACUUUGUUUUAUAUAUAAAAAGACAUGCACUUUAUUACAAUAUGUUUAAUUUAUGUACUUUUUUAUAAUGUGCGUUUUCUAAUAUUUAAAUCGAAACAUACGAUUUUUCUUUAUAUAACUCGAAAAAUUUAUAUUUAUUUCAUCAAUGAAUAUUAAUGUAAUUAAAGAUUGGAUGUAGUAGACGUGGUCAGAUUAAAAAUUAAGUGUAAGAGUGUCGAUGUUCUGUCUGAAAAAAGGAUCGAAUAUUAUUACCAGCUACGAAAGUAUUUCAUGUAUGUAUUCAUUAUGUUACUCGCCGUAAACUAGAUGCGUUAAUUUGCAAGUAAUUAACUUUAGUACCUACAUAUUGUAAUGUAAUUCAAUCUAUAAAAAUAUAUGUAAAAAUGAUGCAAGCCGAAUCACAUAAAUAUAAUUCUAAUUAUAACGUAAAA